GUGGGGGAGAGACUUACAGGGUGGGGACAGGAGGUCACAAGAAGCACGACUGUCCCCUCAUUAAACGUGACUUGCAGUGAAAGUCUCACAAACUGUGGCUGCACUCUGUAGGAGUCAGUCGACAUGGACAGGCCACAGGAAAUGGAACUCGUCGAGAUCUCGUCCGACAUGAGAGAGCCUGUCGCCAACGACGUCGCCAUAGUUGAUGACGACAUCAUGAUCAGUCAGGACGUCAGCAACAACAGCAGCGGUGAGCAGGCAGACAAGGAGGCGGCCAUGUCCUUGCGCGUUCGGCAGAAGAUCAAAGACACUUGUCGCGACUGCUUCUCGGUGAGGACGCUGAAACGAAGAUUACCUAUCUUACAGUGGCUGCCUAGGUACAGAUGUCCCGACGUGCAGAGCGACCUCAUCGCAGGCCUCACCGUGGGCCUCACCGUCAUCCCCCAGGGGCUGGCCUACGCCGUGGUGGCCGGCCUCCCUCCCCAGUACGGUCUAUACUCGGGCUUCAUGGGCUGCUUUGUGUACAUGUUCCUGGGCACCUCCAAGGACAUCACCAUCGGCCCCACGGCGAUAAUGUCGUUGAUAACAGGCACCUACGCCCAGUCACCUGUAGACGACGACCCCACACUGGCCCUGGUGCUGACCCUCUUCUGUGGCCUCGUGCAGCUCGUCAUGGGAAUCCUACACCUAGGUAUCCUGGUCAACUACAUCUCUCACUCCGUCAACGCCUUCACCUCUGCUGCCGCCAUCACCAUCGCGUUCGGCCAGGUCAAGAGCGUGCUGGGACUGAAGGACGUCUCCGAUGAGUUCCUCCAGAUGGUCUACGACACCUUCUCCAAGAUCCGCGAGACAAAGAUCUGGGACAUGGUUAUGGGCCUUGUGUGUAUGGUGGUUCUCUUCUUACUCAAGAAACUCCGCGACAUCAAGUGGGAGGACGACGAUGACCACGACAGGACGGUCAAGGGUCACGUGCGCGCAGCGCGCAAGACUGUGUGGCUCGUUGCGACAGGGGCCAACGCCAUCGUCGUGGUGGCUGCUGGUGGGGUGGCGGCCAGUUUGAUGAGCUACAACAUCAACGUCAUCUCCAUCACCGACGACAUCACCCCAGGCAUUCCCAGCUUCAAGCCUCCGGUCUUCUCCAGUCCGCGUGCUAACCUCAGUACAAGUCAGGUGUUUGAGAGAAUCGGCACCGGCUUCAUCAUCGUGCCCGUCCUGGGGCUGGUAGAGGCCAUCGCCAUCGGCAAAGCCUUCGCGCGGAUAAACAACUACAAGAUCGACCCCACACAGGAACUGAUAGCUAUAGGUGUGUCCAACAUUGUCAGCUCGUUCGUAUCGUCAUACCCUGUCACGGGUAGCUUCUCACGGACUGCCGUCAAUUCCCAGAGUGGGGUUCGAACUCCUGCUGGAGGCUCUUCACAGACAUCAGCUGUGAUGUACCCGGGGUACAUUACCUGGCGUUACUCCGUGUGUACAGGUGUGCUGAUCCUACUGGCGCUGCAGUUCCUGAUGCCCUACUGUCACUACAUCCCCAAGGCGGCGCUGGCUGCAGUCAUCAUCAUGGCUGUCCUCCCCAUGUUUGACUACAGGAUGUUCCUGUCGCUGUGGAGGACGAGCAAGUGGGACUUGUUCAUUCACGUGGUCACCUUCAUCUUGUCCUUCGUCAUCGGGAUUGAGUACGGAAUUCUGAUAGGCAUCGGGUUGUCGCUGCUGUUGUUGCUGUACCCCAUGGCGCGGCCUAAGCUACAGGUGUCUCGGAGGCAGGGCGUGGUCAUCGUGCAGCCUGACCAGGGCUUGUUCUUCCCGGCGGUGGAGUACGUGGAGGAGAAGGUGAUGGAGGCGGCGCUGGAGGACGAGAAGCCCAAGUCUGUGGUUGUGGACAUGCGCAGUGUGUACGGUGUGGACUACACGACGGUGCAGAGCAUCAAGUCCCUCCUGGCGGAAGCAGCGCGGCGUGAUGUGACCCUUGUCUUCUGUAACAUGAGAUCCCGGGUGGUCAAGUACCUGCUGAAGGCCGACAUCGCUGACCUCAAGAUGUACAACAGCUUGUCCCAGGCUCUGCAGCAGUUAACCCUUCAGGAGGAUGCGGAGACAGCAGAGCCACUCCACGCAAACGAGGCGAAGUACGUUGCUGUCGCACGUGAGGACGUCGGUGGAGGUGUCAUGGAGUCCAUGUGUCAUGGUGUCAUGGAGUCCACACCUCCUCACCUGAGCCGUGAAGCAGCUCAAUAACCCGUUGACCUCCCCAGUCCGCCGCCAUGUUGUGCACCUGUCCUCGGACCUGCAGAACCUUCUCGAGGUCGUGGAGGUCUUCACGGUGUUGUGACCGACUGUGGUGGCGUCACGGGUCUUGGUGUUGAUCAGUCAUCUUCAUCAACACGACUCAGUGCACCCAUCGUGAACUCACGGUCUUGGGGGCUUAGGGUGGGGCAUGGAGAGGACCAGCACGUGCUAAGGAUGACACUCGCAAGGCAUCAUGGGAGCGCAGACAGUAGGGGUCAGCCACAGGGCGUCUGCUGGACGCUGACGACGUGUGUCACGUGACCUCUGAUGAACAGUGAGCCAUGCACGUUAAUGCGAAAGCACUAAGGUCAAAGGUGACGAACAUGUGUUCACUGGUCUUCG